AUGGCCUCAUCGAAGGCAUCUAUGCCCCAUCAAAAUGCUCCGACCACCCAGGUCGAGUUCGGAGACCAGAAAGUCGAUGUACCCAAAGACGGCUAUUACGACCGGUAUCGUAUGAACCCGAACCUGGACGAGGUGGCGCGCGAUCCGGCUGUCGGACCAGACAUUGAGCUCUUCCGGAAGAUUCCAAAGAGACUGGUAGAUUCAAGAGUCGGCCAGGUAUACGCGCCCAAUUUCUACUAUCGCACUAGGAGCGUCCAACUUGUGUACCUGAGGCCCCUUGCCCGCUUGCAGCCUAAGCUCCCAUCACCCUUGGAGCCGAUCACAGCACUGCCUAGUUACGGGUUGGCCGCGCUGACGAUCUACUCGUACCUCAUCUGUGACAAUGAUCCGUACAAUGAGGUCUCGGUGGCCAUUAUAGUUCGUCAUCCGGGGAAAGAAAGUCACAGCACGACUCAACUACUCAGCUCGAUAUGGAACCGAACCUUCUACGGCUAUGUGCUGGCUCUACCGGUCGAUACCGAGAUUGCUCGAGUGAGAGGCGUAUAUGGAUACCAACUGCCUAAAUGGCUGGCAAGCAUCAAGCUGGAAAUGGAUGAUGGUCAUGGUAUUGACGCCGAAAUCACUGCAACUGAUGGCACGCCCGAUCUGAAGCUGGAAGCCCCCUACCAGCUCUGA